AUGCCGUUCAGCCCAGGACGGGCCCUGCGCCCGCCGCCGGGCCUCUCUGCGGUGCUCUCGCCUGCGGUGGCGGCGGCUCUGGAGAGCUCUGCGGCGGCGCCGCGAGCGUCUGCCCACGAGAAGAAGGCCUGGGAGCUGGCCAUGUCUCCGGUCAAGGGGUUCUUCAUGACGGGCUUUAUGCUGUGGAUGUCUGGCUCGUCGGUUGGCAUCUUCUCCAUGAUGAUGACGUACAUGGCUCUCUCGGCGCCCGUCUCCGCCAUGAUGAACGUCUCGAACGUGUUCAAGGGCCUCGCCAAGGCCGCCAAGCUGACUACCGGCAAGGAGCCGUCGUUCCUCCUGCAGAAGAUUGCCUACCUCCUCCUCCAGUGCGUCGCCCUCGCUCUCGGCCUGUGGAAGCUCAAGUCGCUCGGCCUCCUGCCCACAAAGCUCUCCGAUCUCUUUGGCCACAUGAACGUCCGUCAUCCGCUCCAUCUCGUCAUCCCGGCCGAUCUGCCUGCGCUCUAG